AAAACACAAGAAGAAGAAGACCUGAGAUCCACAACACCGUUUGAGCGCUAAAAUCGAGCUGAUGGAAGUGAGAGAGGAACAUGAAGAGCUGAAGGAACUGGAGGAGGAACAGCAUGAUUUCAUAACUGGAGAAAAAUAUUUAAGUGGCUCAAAGACAGAAGACAGUUUCUCACCCAAAAAGCCUCAAAGAACAGCCAAGAAAUCUUUCACCUGCUCUCAGUGUGGAACAUGUUUCACAUAUAAAAACCAUCUUAAUACUCACAUGAGAAUUCAUACUGGAGAGAAACCUUACACGUGCCAUCUGUGUGGAAAUAGUUUUGCAUAUGUAACCAAUCUCAAGAGACAUCUCUUUUGUCACUCUGGAGAAAAGUCAUUUGAAUGUGAUCAGUGUGGUAAAACAUUUGCUCUGACACAGUACCUAAAACAACAUCUGAAAACUCACACAAAUGAGAAGCCUUACAAGUGUUCAUUUUGUGAAAAGAGUUUUAAACAUCUCUUCUAUUUGAAAGACCACCAGAAAAUACAUACCGGUGUGGCGGCUCAUAUGUGCUUUGAAUGUGGGAAGACCUUUACUACCGCUGGCAACUUGAAUAAGCACCAAAUAAUUCAUACAAGAGAGAAACCAUACAAGUGCUCACACUGUGGAAAGAGGUUCACUCAGUCAGUACACCUGAAAAGACACGAGAGAAUUCAUACCGGAGAGAAACCUUACAAGUGCUCGCACUGUGGAAAGAGUUUCACUCUGUCAGGAAACCUGAAAUCACAUGAGAGAAUUCAUACUAGAGAGAAACCAUACAAGUGCUCACACUGUGAAAAGACGUUCACUCAGUCAGAACACCUGAAAACACACGAGAUAAUUCAUGCCAGAGUAAAACCUUACAAGUGCUCGCACUGUGGAAAGAGUUUCAUUCUGUCAGGAAACCUGAAAUCACAUGAGAGAAUUCAUACAGGAGAGAAACCAUACAAGUGCUCACACUGUGAAAAGAGUUUCAACCUGUCAGGAAACCUGAAAACACACGAGAUAAUUCAUACUGGAGAGAAACUAUUCAAGCGCUCACAUUGUGGAAAGAGUUUCAAUCAGUCACAAAACCUGAAAGCACACAAGAGAAUUCACAAGACCUGAAAACACAUGAGAGACACCAUACCCCUCAGGGCCUGAAAUUAAUUUAUGAAAAUGUGGAGGGAAUUCCCCCUUUAAGGCCUUGAUAUACUUCCUAUGAAAUGAAAGAGUGAACGGGUGUGACAUCAUCUCUAGUUACCUUGCACCCCCACUUGGCUGAGGAACGGGGUAAAUUGUAUACCCAAAAUAAAAGGUUUACUGCUCAUGAGUUCCUUUGACUACACACAUAAUCAAGUAUCUUUAGAAAGAUCACAUUUGAGACUUUAUUAUGAAAUCAUUAAACUACUUUAAAAAAAUUACUUUAUCUGUUACUAACACGGAGAUAAAGAAGUGCAAAAAUAAAAAUCAUACUUUAUAACACUUUAUAAUUUCACACUUAUGAAAUGAAUACACAAUGAUGUGGGAUAGACACAACACAGCAACUACUAUAACAAAAAAGGUUUGGACUUCCUGCUUUGUUUUUGUAUUGUACAGUGCAUCCGGAAAGCACUUCACAUUUUGUUUAUGUUACAGCCUUGUUCCAAAAUUGAUUAAAUUCAUUAUUUUCCUAAAAAUUAUACAAACAAUAGCUCAUAAUGACAAUGUGAAAAGUUUGUUUGAAAUCUUUGCAAAUGUAUUAAAAAUAAAAAAUGAAAAAAAUCACAUGUACAUAAGUAUUCACAGCCUUUGCUUAAUAGUUUUUUGAAGCACCUUUGGCACCAAUUGUUGUGUAUGAUGCUUGGCACACCUAUUUUUGGGCAGUUUCUCCCAUUCUUCUUUGCAGGACCUCUCAAGCUCCAUCAGAUUGGAUGGGGAGCGUCGGUGCACAGCCAUUUUCAGAUCUCUCCAGAGAUGUUCAAUUGGGUUCAAGUCUGGGCUCUGGCUGGGCCACUCAAGGACA